AUGCCACCAUCUCAGCGAUCCGCUACGACAACAACGGACGUCCAGCCAUUCUAUGGCUACGUAGAUACAACCGAGGAUUCCCUUCGACUCAUAGAGGCCGCUCGAAGGGGGAUUCUACCGCGAGUCACUCGUCGCCUCAAUGAACUCGAACGCCGAUCCAUGAUCAGAAGUGGAGCUGUCUUCGUGUUCAGCGUCGAAGAAAGCGGAAUCAAGCGUUGGACGGAGGGCCUAGCGUGGUCGCAAUCCCGUAUCUCUGGCAAUUUCUUGAUCUAUAGAGAAGUCACAGACAGAAGCAGCCUCCGUGCUUCCCAGCAGUCGUCCGAGACGUCUGACAUUACGCAAGGCGGACAUUCCGUGGACGGACAUGUGAUGUUGAAGCCUAACGGACUGAUCAAAAAGACAAUCACAGUCAAAAUCAACGGGUCGGACCAUCACCUCAUCUCGUACUUCACACAGGACGAUGUGCGCUCUGGGCGAUUGCACCGACCUACGAGUCGCCCUGACCUCAUGGCGCUCAAGAUACCGACGGAGCUUCUGCACUCCGCGAACUUCAGAUACCCGUUGAAGCUGGAGGCGCAAUACACUGCAGUGCCAACGCAUUACGAUGACAUGGAAGAGACUGUCCAUCAACGUAGAAGCGCAUUAGGCAUGGCUUCACUUCCGUCUAGGACACUUGCUCGGACACCACACAUAGGGGCUAGUCCCUCACCACUGGAAACCUCGACUUUCUCACGCUCACCAGCGAGCUCGCCUACAAGCCCGUAUGCAGCGCAUAGCAGAGCGCCGUACGAUCCAGUCUAUCCCCGGCUUCAAACUGACAUCGGCCAUCCCGUAUCCCCGUCGGAGUCUACGCAUACCGUCCAUUCGCCUUACAGCACUGUCGAAUCCCCCAUUAUGGACGACCUGACGUCUCAUUCCUGGUCCCCCUCCUAUUCUUGCGCCCCAGAAACGUACUCCAUGCCUGAUGGCGCACCUGCGGUGUACCAGGCACCGAUGCCGGUCGGUCACUUCAAUUCGGCACACCUGCCGAGGGACGAAACCUGGGCACAGCAAGCGUACAGCAGUAUGCGGAUGGGGCGCGGAUACGAGCACGACAUCCAUCGGCUCGACAUCGCGGGGCACCCGGAGUCGGGAGCCUGGCCUCCUGCUGCGGCCACGGUGGCAGGUUCUCCAUACGCAUCGGCACCGCCGACCAGCGUAUCGAUCAGUGCACACUUCCCGGCCGUACGUGGCCGCGAUCAUAUGCGGACCCGUUCCAGUCCUUCUAUGUGGUCAUGGGGGCAGGAGUCGGCUCAAUCGCUGUACCAUCUCCCUCCUGUCUCCCACCCCAUCUACGCUUCGCAUGACGCGCGUCACUCACCUAACUGA